CCGCACCCGCCGCCGCCGCCGCCCGCCGCCUCGCUGGCGCCCGUUCCGCGCAACGCCUGCCUGACGUGCCCGCAGUGCCACCGCAGCCUGAUCCUGGACGAGCGCGGCCUGCGCGGCUUCCCCAAGAACCGCGUGCUCGAGGGCGUCAUCGAGCGCUACCAGCAGAGCAAGGCGGCGGCGCUGCGCUGCCAGCUGUGCGAGAAGGCGCCGCGCGAGGCCGCCGCCAUGUGCGAGCAGUGCGACGUCUUCUACUGCGAGCCCUGCCGCCUGCGCUGCCACCCGCCGCGGGGCCCGCUGGCCAAGCACCGCCUGGUGCCGCCCGCCCAGGGCCGCGUCAGCCGCCGGCUCAGCCCGCGCAAGGUCUCCACCUGCACCGACCACGAGCUGGAGAACCACAGCAUGUACUGCGUCCAGUGCAAGGUGCCCGUCUGCUACCAGUGCCUGGAGGAGGGCAAGCACUCCAGCCACGAGGUCAAGGCGCUGGGAGCCAUGUGGAAGCUGCACAAGAGCCAGCUGUCUCAGGCGCUAAACGGGCUCUCCGACAGAGCGAAAGAAGCCAAAGAGUUCCUGGUGCAGCUACGGAACAUGGUGCAGCAGAUCCAGGAGAACAGCGUGGAGUUCGAGGCCUGCCUGGUGGCCCAGUGCGACGCGCUGAUUGACGCGCUGAACCGGAGGAAAGCCCAGCUGCUCUCGCGAGUCAACAAGGAGCACGAGCACAAGCUGAAGGUGGUGCGAGACCAGAUCUCCCACUGCACGGUGAAGCUGCGCCAGACGACGGGGCUGAUGGAGUACUGUCUGGAGGUCAUCAAGGAGAACGACCCCAGCGGGUUCCUGCAGAUUUCUGACGCGCUGAUACGACGAGUCCACCUGACCGAGGACCAGUGGGGGAAAGGGACCCUCUCCCCGAGGAUGACCACGGACUUCGACCUCAACCUGGACAGUGCCCCCUUGCUGCAGUCCAUCCACCAGCUCGACUUCGUGCAGAUGAAAACUCCUUCCCCAGUGCCAGCGGCCCCAAUCCUUCAGCUGGAAGACUGUUGCACCCACAACAACAGCGCGACGCUCUCCUGGAAGCAGCCCCCUCUCUCCACGGUGCAAGUGGAAGGCUACAUCCUGGAGCUGGAUGAUGGGAAUGGCGGUCAGUUCAGGGAGGUGUACGUGGGCAAGGAGACCAUGUGCACGGUGGACGGGCUGCACUUCAACAGCACCUACAGCGCCCGCGUCAAGGCCUUCAACAAGACCGGCAUGAGCUUGUACAGCAAGACGCUGGUCCUGCAGACCUCCGAGGACUCCGAGCCGGAGGAGCAAGCCCUGACAAUCCCGGUGCCCCUGGAAAGGCUGCAGCUGCGCAGAGUGAGCCCCUUCUCCUCCACCCUAAACCUGCAGAACAGCUUUCCGGGCAGAUCCUACUUUGAGCUCAGAUCCUCGGCCCACCAAAUGAGCUUGCACUCCUCCUUGCAAUCCCUCAAUUCAGCCGUUGAUAUCAAAAAACUGGUAGCAGUGGCCUGGUUCUCCUUCGACCCCAGCACCGCGCAUGCCGACAUCAUCUUCUCCAACGACAACCUGACCGUCACCUGCAACAGCUACGACGACCGCGUCGUGCUGGGCAAGACGGGCUUCUCCAAAGGGCUGCACUACUGGGAGCUGUCCAUCGACCGCUACGACAACCACCCGGACCCGGCCUUCGGGGUGGCCCGCGUGGACGUGCUCAAGGACGUCAUGCUGGGGAAGGACGACAAGGCCUGGGCCAUGUACGUGGACAACAACCGCAGCUGGUUCAUGCACAACAACUCGCACACCAGCAGGACCGAAGGAGGCAUCACCAAAGGGGCCACCGUGGGCAUCUUGCUUGACCUGACCAGGAGGACCCUGACCUUCUCCAUCAACGAGGACCAGCAGGGGCCGGUGGCCUUCGAGAACCUGCAGGGUGUCUUCUUCCCCGCCAUCAGUCUGAACAGGAAUGUGCAAGUCACGCUUCACACCGGCCUGCCGGUCCCGGACUUCUACAAUGCACGUGGCUCCAUGCAGUGAGGAGGGGAAGGGUGCCCGCUGGCUU